AUGCACCCCAAAGCUUUCAUUCCCGCAAUUCUCCUGGCUGGCCAGGCUGUCAACGCAGUCGCCCUCCCUGCCACCACUGUAACACUUCACAGUGUGAUUACCCGCACAACAGUUGUGCCUGCCACGACCGAGGCUGCUGGAUCUAAUCCUUCUAAUGCUGCUACCCCGGCCCGGUUCUCACCCAGUGCGGAUGACACUACUGUCGUUGCACUUUCUAGUUUCAGCGAUGCUUCUCCGUCUCGUAUGACUCAGCUCACCGUUACUGUGACUGAGCGUGUACUUUUUCCGAUUGUUGUCACUGUGACGAAAUCCCUCUGCCCUACAUCUACUUCUGAGAUGGCACUCAGCACUUCUGCUGUACCUUCUACGACCAGCUCAGUCGUCCCCUCGAGCACCGUCACUCCAUCUUCGAGUGCUCAGUCACACAUCAAAAAUGGCCGGUCAUACAUUCCAAUCUUCUUGCGUCCUCCAGGCUGGUCACACGUUCCAGUCCUCCUGCACCCUCCAGGCUGGUCAUACAUUCCAGUCUUCGUGCAUCCUCCAGGCUGGUCACACGUUCCAGUCUUCUUGCACUUUGCAAGCUGGACAUACAUUCCAGUCCUCGUGCACUCUUCAGUUCGCUUAAGAGUCAUUCUUACCUGGAUGAGGUGGAAGGCUUGA